AUGGGCGAGGCAUCAUGGGACGCACAAUUGCAAUACACGCAGGGCUUGAUGGCAACCGCAGAGGCGAAAGGACAGUCAAGGAAGAGCCAGAAGCUGCCAUGGCCAUGCGAUAUAUUACCAAGACGACCACCAUGGAAGACACGCAGUUGCCAGGAUACGCCUUCCACUUUUAACAUCCUGCGAACGGUGUUACUGGCACUUUUCCUACCUAUCAGACUUUCGACUGCCGCGUUCAUUAAUUUUGGCAACUGCCUGAGUCCGGAUACCAUCAACUCAAACAACCCGGAGACUCUACAAUUUGUGCCACUAUUCGUCUGGGCCACUUUUAAUACGAGUGCGGAGAGCUACAAUCUCAAUGUUACUGCUUAUGGCAACGUCGCUGGAAUUGCUACCCAGCAGCCGUAUCCUAGUCAGACGGACCCGCAGUGGACGAAUCCGAAUGAUACGGUUGGCAAAAUUCCAGAUGUCUAUGGUUCAGGUCCAGACGCGCUGUAUACCACUUUCACGACGGAAUUCAAUGUGCUGGACUACACACCCUAUGCUCCUGACGCUGCGAGAUUCUGCAACACUUCGUCUGUGACAGCAUGUCCAGUUGCCCCAGUCUUCAAUUUCAACGGCACUGACAACAUAUCCGAGCUUCCUGGGAUUACUGCCGCGCACGAUCUGUAUUCGAGCUAUGCAUUCACCUCAAUCAACACCUUCCUUAGGCUCAAGUCCGGAGACCCACAUGCCGACCCGCUGGCGUGCAUAGAAGCCAGCGUAACUCCAGAUUUAGGGCACACUAUCAGCAGGACCCUCACCUACCUGCCGCUUGUCGUCCUCAUUCUGGUUGCCAUUGCAACAGCCACCGCGGCAAUUUUCAGCCCUUGGGGUUCUACCGAUGUCUUCAAGUUCACAAGCAACUACGGCAGAGAUGACGAUCUUCUACGACUGGUGACUCCCGGCUUCGGAGAUUGUCUACAGUAUAUCCAGUUCAUCGUCCUGAUAGGAUCUUUGAGCCUGAAUUACCCAGGAUUUUACCAGCCUGUGGUAAGCCAAGUGAGCUGGUCUGCACUCAUGUUCAAUGAGAGUUUCGUCACGCACGGCAGCGGUUCCCAAAGCCUCCUCGAUGGAAUAUAUGUGGCCAACGGAUCCUAUGGACUUGAUAGGAUGAGUCAAUUGGUAGGAAUGACCGCAGAUAAGGAUAUAUGGGCUGGUAUGGUAAUAUGGCUUCUGGUCAUCGUGGUGUCUGUUGUCACCCUGAUACAGAUCGGUUUCGCUUGCCGUUGGGCUUAUCGAUUCAUCUCGGAUACACGAGAAGAAGACCUUCGGCAAAAGAACCUGCCUUUCAGUCUUGGUAAUGCAAUCCGGGUUGUAUUCAACUAUUUUCUGCUACCUAUUGUGGCGCUCUCGACUUUCCAGCUAGUCAUCGCGGGACACUCUCCAGGCUCCACAGUAGGGUUUGCAACAGUCCUGCUUGUUGCCCUUAUAGGCUUUGCAGGUUUUCUCCUGUGGUUGAUAGCGACUACUCGUCCGCGAUCGUAUUUGUUCGACGAUCUCCCUACGGUCUUGCUCUAUGGGCCCUUGUAUAACACGUACUCGGACAACGCAGCUACCUUUGCCCUGGUCCCUGUCAUGUUGACCUUCAUUCGAGGAAUAGCAAUCGGUGCCGUUCAACCGUCCGGGAUCGCUCAACUGGUUUUACUCGCAAUUUGCGAAGUCAUCAACAUACUCACCCUGAACGCUUUUCGGCCAUUCCACUCUCCAACGUCCAUGAACGCGUUUCACACCUUUUUCGCCGUCGUCAGACUUCUAACGGUCCUUCUAAGUGUGGCAUUCUUGCCCUCUUUAGGUGUCAAAGAUGCACCCAGAGGUUGGAUAGGCUACAUCAUCCUUCUCAUGCACGCCAUUGUGCUGGUAUUUGGCUUCUUCCUCAAUGCAUGUCAAACUCUAAUCGAGGUUCUCGCAAGAUUGGCUGGUGCAGGAGGUGAAGAGGGCGUUGGUGGAGGGGCUGCCAGAGGAGGACUGGUCAAGGUCUUCGGAAUGCGUCAACUCUCCCGAAGAAACCCUCGGCGUAGUGGCCGAGCACGUCAAAGCGUAACCUCUGACGCGGCUAUACUAGCCCAGGAAUCAGACCAGAAAUCCUUACAGUGGAACGGAGGUCGAUCUCGAAGCAUGUCAGGGAGCUCAGCAAUUCUUUUGAACAGGCAAGGUACUAGCGAUAACCGCACGAGUGUUGGGCUUGACUCGGUCAGCGCUGGUGGUGCAGGAGAAACCCCAAUAUCUGGAGGGGCGAGCGCCUUUUCUUAUGUUCCAGGUGGCAGCCAAGCUGCAGGCCACGGAGCAACAGCGGGUGGUAUAGUCAAUCUGAGAAAUGCUGAAACGGCCGAUCCGUAUUAUCGCCCACCGAGACAGAGAAGGACGACCAUGGAUGCGAAUUCUCCGCAAGAGCGUACUCGAGGUUCGUGGGGAAGUCCUGACUGGGCCAACAAGCGGUGGAGUCACCACAGCCCUGACCUGGAAGGAUCCCCUCAGCCAACAGAAGGCCCAUCAGCAUCUGGACGUGAUACACCAAUCCCAGUUCAUUUGAGCGGGGCUCGUGAUCGUUCUGACUCUGAUGCGGAAGAACCACGGCAAUCCAAGACUGACUACGCAACAAGAGAAGUUGACUUCUACUACGGCGUGAGAGGACCUGCUCUAUCGAACCAGCCAACUCGAAGGCUGAAGACGGGCCCCGCUGAUCCGACUGGGCCUGUGAUAUCUGCCUCCGGCUGGAUCAAGAGUCUAUUUGGUGGCAAGACCAAAGAGAAAGGGAAGGGUUUCGAGGUCGUCAGGAGUUCAAGAGCGCCGCCUAUGGGAAGACAAACACCUUCAGGUGCAAUUAUACCGGGUGAAGAAGUUCGUUACUUGGAUGAACCCGGUGUCAACCAGCCAGAGAGAUCUCGUGACCUUGCCCUGAGCGAUCAAGGAGAUGCAAUUGGGGCUGGUACCAGGCAUCUGCCUGACGAAGAAAGCCCUGUGAGCAGCGAAGACGACGAGGGUGACGACAGAUCUCUUUCGGAUGAAGACUGGCGGCCGAAUCGAGAAAGUCAAAUCUCACAAUUUCCGCCUACCCUACCAAAUAUCGAAACCCCAGGAGGUAUAGAGCUGCCAAGUCGAAUUGCGUCUAAGGCAAGCUCAAGACCCACUCGUGAGAGUACGCGGAGAAGCACCAGACCGAGCAUACCACGAAAGAGUUCCAGACGCGACUCUUCAACAGAUUUGGAGAAGUUCGGUGCCAGGCUAUCAACAGUAGCGCCUUCUCCACCAAUCACUCCCAAAAUUUCUGCCCACCAGCGUUUGCAGCCACCAGAAGACAACAGCAAGCGCUUUCCUUUCUAUUCUCAUCAUGCCACCUCACCUUCCCAAGGCACCCAUCUAUCAGCAGGUGGGGAUUCAAUGAACUCCAGCAUGUUCUCACCAGGAACCCGAGAAACUGAUGAGGCUGGAUACGCUCAGCAUGCGAGACACUCUUCAUCUGUACUUGGCUCUCUGGCUCCCGGUUUUCAACAGCUCGAUCGGCCCACAAGCAUGGGUUAUGUGCAGCAACAUCGAGCCAGCGACAAUAUCCACACUGCAAAUUCGGAUGGCCCAUCAAUGCUGGGCUCAAGCGCUGAGCUCGUUGACGACCCUGAUCAAAGGAGUGUCAGUCCUGAUGCCCAGCAAGCUCAUGCUUUCUAG